AGAAAAGAAUCUGGUUUUUUUCCAAGUACUGAUCCAUCUAAAUCAGGAGAGAAACAUAAUCUCUGCAUGCUUCCGACCAUCAUCUAUUGGUGAGUUUUUGUUUGAUAAUAAAAACCAUAAUGUGAAUUCAUUCAUUCAUUCAUCAGCCCUUGAAAAAAAGAAUUGUAAAAGGAUCAAAUCCAGACUGAUUCAUUACCUUUAAUGCAGAUUUCCAGAUGGAACAAUUCAGGCAGAUCGGGGAGGCACUAGGAGGCAUCAAGGCUUUAAUGGUUUUCCAAGACUGCAUACAGGUGAACCAGAGGCAAUGCUGUUUAUUGGUGGACAUGCUCACCUGUGCAUACAACACAACUGCAGACUUGAUGAAACAGAACCUCAGAUUUGAAGAGAGGAAUUUCAAGUGGAAAGUCAUGGAAGCCCCACUGAGAGAGCUCCUCAGGGUAUUCAGAGAGGGCGAAAUGUACGUCAGGCACUGUUUGGACGCAAAAGAUUUCUGGGCAAAAGCCAUAACCCUGUACCAGAACACCGACUGCGUAGAAUUCCACAUCCACAACCUUCUCUCCUGCUUCUCUGUUGUGAUUGAGGCCAUCGAAAUGGCUGGAGAAGUCUCCGGUUUUGACCACGACGAGAUCCAGAAGAAGAGAACUGUUUACGCACUCAAGUAUCUCAAGGAGUGUAAAGACCAGAGAAUCUUUAACUGGAGAUUCGGGAACCAGUACCUGAUUUCUCCAGAUUUCUGCACUCGGAUAAACUCGGCGUGGAACGAGGACAGAUGGGUCCUGAAGACAAAAGUCCAGGAGAGGAAGGUUUCGUCUAAGCAGGAGCAGCGACUUGCCGAUCUCCUCUUGAGGAACUUAAACAUUGUGGACCCAUCAUCACCACCAGAUAAACUGGUGCCCUGCACGGCUUUAGUUGGGUCCAAAGACUACCACGUGAGGCGGCGGUUGGAAAUCGAUAGCCAGUACAAGGAGGUUCAGUGGUUGGGUGAGAGCUUCUGUCUGAGACACUUUUUUGGUGACAUUGAACCGCUAGUCUCAGAAAUCUCUCGCGAACUUGUACUCUCACACCCAAACGUGUUGCAAAUAUUCUGUGGCUUCACGGAUGAAGAGAAGAAAGAGUGUUUCCUUAUCAUGGAUCUCAUGAUCAAGGACCUAUCCAGUUACAUCAAAGAGGUUUGUGGUCCGAAGAAACGGGUCCCCUUUUCUCUCCCAGCUGCAGUUGACUUGAUGCUUCAGGUUGCAAGGGGCAUGGAAUAUCUCCAUUCGAAGAAGAUUAAUCAUGGGAAUUUAAACCCUUAUAAUGUCCUAGUAAAAGCCAGAAGCCCCCAUGUGGAAGGUUACUUGCACGCUAAGGUUUCUGGUUUUGGCGUAAGCCACACUCGGAAAACACAUUCUAAUCAACAAAACUCACUCAGUUACAUCUGGCAUGCGCCAGAAGUCCUCGCUGAACCAGAAGAGUACUCUGAGAAGUCUGAUGUGUACAGUUUUGGGAUGAUUUGCUUUGAGGUGUUGACGGGGAAGGUCCCAUUUGAAGACGGGCAUCUCCAAGGAGAGAAAAUGAGCAGAAACAUAAGGGUGGGGGAGAGGCCUCUCUUCCCCUUUCCUUUGCCAAAGUAUCUGACAAGCUUAACAAAGAAGUGCUGGCAUGCCGAUCCCAACCAACGGCCAGGAUUCUCAUCCAUCUGCAGGAUCCUUCGCUACAUAAAACGGUUCAUGGUUCUGAACCCAGAACACGCGCAACAGCCAGAUUCACCCAUGCCGCCAUUAGACUACAGUGAUGCUUUCUUUGCAAAUAAAAUGGCACAAACUCCAUUGCAAGUAACACAGAUCCCUUUCCAAAUGUUUGCAUAUAAAAUGGCAGAAAGGGAAAAAUCAGCUGGGGAAAAUAACUCUGAAUCGGGAAGUGAUGCUUCAGCUUGUGGAGAUGAUGGUUUGAUUGCAGAAGACCCACUCCCAUCACCUACUGAGAGAAAGUCUCUCGGUUCACCAGAAGUUUUGAGCAAAAAGCUUUCAAUAUCAAAGAAAUCUGUUGACAUCAAAUCAAGCAAACAGCCAGGUGUGCUUAGAAAAUAAAACCUUUCCUAGGUCUCAAGUUUUGAUUGAGUAGAUACAUAAUUACAUCAAGUAAAGCGUUUUGAAAAAU